UCUCCAUCACAGAAAGAUGUCUUGCUCCAGCCUGUGCUAUCCAGAAUGCGGGGUGGCCCGUCCAAGUCCAGUUUCUGGCAGCUGCAAUGAGCCGUGCGUUAGGCAGUGCCCUGACUCUGAAGUGCUCAUCAGACCAUCACCGGUGGCCGUGACCCUCCCAGGACCAAUUCUCAGCACUUUCCCUCAGCAGAGUGAAGUGGGAGCCGUAGGAGCACCUGUGGUCGGAGCUGGCUACGGGGGCUCAUUCGGUUUGGGGGGACUGUACGGCUCUGGAGGCCAUUAUGGAGGAUUGUAUGGUUAUGGGGGAUUAGGUGGUUACGGGGGCCAUUACGGUUAUGGGGGAUUGGGAGGUUAUGGGGGACUGUGUGGUUACGGGGGAGGUUACGGUUAUGGGGGAUUAGGUGGUUAUGGGGGAUUAUGCGGUUACGGGGGAUAUGGCCGUAAGUAUCGCGGUGGAUACUGUGGGCCAUGUUAAUCCCAACAGGAAUAUCCAUGAAAUAAAGUAGAAUAGGCCCUACAUGUUCUAUCCUUUCCACCGAUAUGUAUCGUAAGCAUCUCACUUUGAAUUAUGCUACGGCAGAUGUGUAAUGGAGAACCUGCCUAGUCCUCUGCCUCUUUAUGCUGUGUUUUAUUUCCCACCAACUGGGGUAAAACAAGGACCUUAAAAAGGUUCUGCUCUGUAUUGUUUC